AUGCUGUCCAGGACUUCGCUGGAUCCUAAAGUUCUCCCAGCCAAUACGAGAACUUAUGGUACUACCGGCAACGCUCAUCAGCUCGAGAGAAGCGCUUGCCUCGCGGCGCUAAAGUCGUGCUCCAGAGCUAGAGAAGUCGAAAGUGGCCCGCAAAUCCACGCGAACGCGAGAGAAAGUGGUGUGGAUUCGGACUCUCACGUAGCCAGUAGCUUGGUGGCGAUGUACAUGAAGUGUGGGAGCGUGGUGGAAGCACAGCAGGCCUUCGACAGGAUUCCUCGCCCCGACGCCGUGUGCUGGAACGCUUUGAUCUCGGGCUAUGCGGAGAAUGGCGAGGCCGAGGUGGCCUUGCAGCUCUUUCGAUCGAUGCAACAGUGCUGCGGAGCAAACUCACGAACUUUUGCCGCUGCGCUCGCUGCGUGCUCCACUCUCGCAGCUGCCGAAGAAGGCCGGAAAGUUGAUGGGAGGAUGGUGAAAGUUUUUUCGCUGCAACGAGGCAUGGAAGUUCAUCGUCAGGCCGAGGCUGGGAUGGGAAUAGAUGCUAUCCAUCGCAACGUCUACGUGGGGAAUGCUCUCAUCGACAUGUACGUGAAGUGCCGGAGCAUGGUGCGUGUUCAAGAGGUUUUCGACAGGAUGAAAACUCGGGAUGUGGUCUCGUGGAACGUAUUGAUGCUCGGCUACGCACAGGGUGGUGAGAGCGAGGAGCUAGCUCUCGAGAUGUUUACGAAGAUGGUGUCGUGCCGAGGCUGUCAGCUCGAUAGCUGGAGUGUUGUUGCUGCUCUCAAGGCCUGUAGCAAUCUCGCAGCCAAGGAAGAAGCUCGGAAUCCACAGGAGAAGCUCAGGUUUCUAGUCACGGGUGUGGCGAUCCACGGCACAGCCGAGAGACUGGGAUGUGACUCAAACAUAUUCGUGGCCAACGCUCUUCUCAACAUGUACGCAAACUGUGGAAGCAUGGUGGAUGCGAGGAGAGUUUUCGAUAAGAUGCAGCGCCGGGAUGUGGUUUCCUGGAACACGAUCAUCCUGGGCUAUGCUGAGAACGAUGAGGGAAAGAUGGCCCUUCAACUCUUUGGAGAUUUGCUACACUCUCGGUGCUGCGUACAGGACAGGCUGACUUUGGUGGCUGCGCUUAAGGCUUGUUGUACCCUCUCGACUCAAGAACAGGGAAGGCAAGUCGAUGGGAAGAUCGUGAAGCUGAGGUCGCUGGAAGCAGGAAUGGCGGUACACUCGCUGGUAUCAGAGCGAGGCUCUGAUCUGGAAGACUUGUACGUGGCAAACUGCUUGGUCGACAUGUAUGGGAAGUGUGGGAGCAUGGCCGAUUCUCGCAGAGUUUUCGACCGUGUGAAGCAUCGCGACGUUGUUAUCUGGAACGCAGUGAUCUCGGGAUACGCACAGAACGACGAAAGUGAGGCUGCUCUAGAGCUGUUUGAGGCUCUCUUGUGCGAAGGUGGCGAUGGUGGUAUUUCUCCAACCAGCUUGACAGUCGUCGCGGCUUUCAAGGCUUGCGGCAGUCUUGCAGCUAAGAACAAGGAAAACGAUCGAAUGAGAGCAUUGGAAAUCACCAUGGCUGUUCACCGCGAAGCUGUGACGAAGCUGGAAGCCUCUGAGUGGGAUGCUUACGUGACGAGCAGCUUGAUCGAUGCGUACGCCAAGUGUGGGAGUCUGGCGGAUUCCAGCAAAGUUUUCUCGAGCAAUACCGGCCAGCUUCGCAACGUGGUCUCGUGGAACGUCUUGAUCCUGGGCUUCGCGGAGAACGGCGAUGCUAGACGAGCUUUGAGGCUGUUCCACAGGAUGAGACGCGAAGGCUGCCGACCAAACGCAUCAACGAACGUCGCGGUACUGAAAGCUUGCAGCAACAGUAUUCCUUCGAGUCUAGGCUUUGGGAGCGAAGUCAAGGCUCUGAUCUACCGUGGAAGCUUUGAGGAAGAUGGAGAUUGCUGGAUCCCUGGUUGA